UGUGCAGAGAAUGGAUCUCAGCAACAUGAAUAGCUACCUGCCUCUUUUGGUUAUCUUGUGCUGCAGUGUUUUCAGAGAUAUUCUGUCCCAAGAUAAGAAGUGCAAAUCAGGUUUUUCCUUUGAAUCAAGUGGUUGUGUAGAUGUCAGUGAGAGUACAAGCAGUUCAUGUCGAUCUCACAAUCAGAGUGCCAGUGCAGUUGGUUCCUACUGGUGUCAAUGCAAGAAGGGGUAUAACGCUUCAAGAACCUGUUCUGGUGAUCGACUCAUGAGACGCUGUGAAGAUGUGGAUGAAUGCCAGGAUAAAAAUCCAUGUGGAGUCAACACGACCUGUCACAACACUGCUGGGUCUUUUUACUGUGUCUGCAAUGCAGGAUAUCACCAAAAGCAGGGAGACGCUCAUCCGCCCUGUAAAGUGGAUCCACGUUCCUGUCCUGUCUCUGAGGACCAGCAAUCCUUAAAUUGCAGCCUGGUUUAUGCAGCAAGCUCACAGCAGUUAAACUCUGCAGAAGAUGUGCUGAAUUUAACUAAGUGCUACAGUGCUAAAGUAUGUCAAAACUUCAGUGAGAAUAAAGAUGGCAAGGAUAUAACAACAUUUGUAAACAGUGUUCUUAAUACUUCCCGGCUGGAGAGCAUGAAGACCACUCAAAGGCUGGAGGUGGCAAAAGCCGCAGUGGACCUCUUGGAGAACAUGGCAAUGGCGAUUGCUCUGCAACUAUCCAGUUCAAAGGCAGAGACCAUAGAAACAGACUCUUUUGUUCUUAAGAUCCAGGUGCCUGGAGAAAAACAAAUGAGCACGGACCCAUCAGUGAAAUUAGAAGCGAAGAAUAAUUCCUUGGAGAUUUACUGGAGAACGAUUGCUGGAGAAAAUUACACUGAGUUUCAGGCCGUUUCCUUAAUUGUAUUCAAUGACCUGGAAUCCCUGCUGAACCAAGAGAUUAAAGGCGGCCGUCCAUCUCAGAACAAUGUGUCAUUAAACUCCAAGGUGAUAUCUGCCACCAUCAGCAACAAAGUUGCCAGCUCUAAUCUAACGGAAAAGUUCAAUUUGACUCUGAAACUCAACCAGAAACAUGAAAAGGAAGACAGCAAAGAGCCAAAAUGUGUCUAUUGGAAUAAUACAGAAGGGAAUAAUUACUGGUCAUUUGAUGGUUGUGAACUGAUCGAUUCCAAUGAGACCCAUGUAACCUGCCAAUGUAACCAUCUGACAAGCUUUGCUGUUUUAAUGUCGCCAGUUAAAAUGCCGCCUGAUGACUGGCACUUGGAGGUGAUCACCUACAUCGGCCUCAUCAUUUCCCUUUUCUGCCUCGCUGCCUCCAUCGCCAUAUUUGUCAACUGCAAAUCCAUCCAGAAUGCUAACACCAAUCUCCACAAGCACCUGAGUAUCACCCUCUUCCUGGCACAGUUCAUCUUUCUGAUCGGAAUACAGAUUAAAAAGCAGGUUGUGUGCGCCCUGAUUGCCGGGUGUCUGCAUUACCUCUUCCUUGCCGUCUUCGUCUGGAUGUUCCUGGACAGUUUGCAGCUUUUCAUCAUGUCCAGACACCUGACAGUCACCAAUUACACUCGCAGACAUAUCAUCAGACGAAGAUACCUGUACGUUUCUGCUUAUGCUGUUCCUGCUGUGAUCGUCAUUAUCUCAGCAGCAAUAAACCCUGGAGGCUAUGGAACAAGGAGGCACUGUUGGCUGAAGCACGAGUCGGGGUUUAACUGGAGUUUCCAGGGCCCGGUCUGUUUCGUGAUUCUGGUCAACUCAUCCCUAUUAAUUUGGACUCUCUACUUACUGAGACGCCAUUUUGAUUCACGCAACAAGGAGGUGUCGAAGCUCAAAGAAACCAAAACCUUAACCAUUAAGGCUGCUGCACGGAUAUUUGUAUUGGGAUGCACAUGGAUCUUUGGAAUAUUUAAUGUUGAUGAGAGCACCAUGGUGUUUGGUCACUUAUUUACUGUUUUUGCCAGCCUCCAGGGUCUAUUCAUUUUCCUUAUUUACUGUGUUUUCAAUCGCCUGGUGGUUACUGAACUUCGGAAAUGGCUGACCAGUAAACACAAGAGUUACACCACUGAAUCCGUACAGUCUGAUGUGAACACAGUCGAGGUGAACACAAUCGAGGUGAACGUAAUCGGGACUUAUAAAACCGCGGGAUCAGAGGAAUGGAUCAAGACCCAGUGACAAGACUUGUCUCAGUGGAGAUUCUUUCUUUAAUGGUGUCUCACUCUUGUUGUUUCUGGCUCUGAGGAUUGAGGGUUUAAGUUCCACUCCCAACAACAAAAGCUACGUUUCAGGACUGGUUACACCACCAGAGUUAGUUGACUUGUCCUGAAUUCAUUGAAAAUGUGCAUUUUUAAUUUAGUCUUUAAGUGUGUGUAUGAAAUUAGGUCUGUAUAGGAAUGUGGGUGAGAUGGUAUUUUUGUAUACCUGAUUAUAAAUUUACUUCUGGACAUUUACCAAUUUUUGCUUCAUCAUCUAUUAUUUUGCUUGUCGUUCCUUAUGAUUGCAGUGCCAACAAGGUUGAGAUUUGCAUUCAAUGUGUGAUAACAUCUUUAAACUUAACUUAGUCCUAACAUGUUACAAACCAUAAGAAGUGGGAGCAGUAUUAGGUCAUUUAAGUCCGCUCUGCCAUUCGAUCAUUGCUGAUUUAUUAUCCCUUUUGAGCCCAUUCUGCUAGCUUCUCACCUUAACUAUUGACAUCCUUAAUAAUCAAGAACCCAUCAACCUCUGCUUUAAGUAUGCUAAUGACGGCCUCCACAGCCAUCUGUGGCAACAAAUACCAUGGAUCCACCAACUUCUGGCUAAAGAAAUUCUUUGUCUUCCCUUUUCUAAAGGGGCAUCCUUACAAAGUCCAGACUGGAGCAUCUAUACAGCUCAGACACAUACAGAUCAGGUAUACACAUGUACACCUGACUCUGACAGAUUCCAUACCCAUGUAGUAGAUUGAUACACAACUUGGACAUACACACAGUCCAUGUUCACACAAAGACAUGCACAUACACAAACCUAAAGCACAUGCGCAGUGAUCACAGACACACAUACAUACAAACACACACACACCACUUAGGGUACUGAGGUCAAUUUAGCAAGGCUGUGAUUGGCUAACUUAUGCACCAAUAGAACAAAUACCACACCUUCUCCUCUCCUUCCUUUAUGCGAUGAACCAACAUUUAAAGCAUGCUUGCUACUAUUGUUUAAAAUCAAUGUGUAUAAAAAUAUGCUUGUGUGAUAUUUUAAUUAAAGAAUAUAUGUUUAUUUACAAAGUUGUGUAUGCUUGAA